CUGUUUGCCAUUUCAGACAUGCACCUACGAAAAUUGGCCAAAGAGCAUCAAAUGUUCAAUGUGCUAUCAUGCAAGGGAUUUAUCGCAAGAAACUGGUGCUUUAAAAAAUAUUUCUUCGCCUGAACGUGACAUCGAUGAAAAUUGUGCCGGCAAUUUUAUUAUAGCAAAUACAAACAACAAACGAAAUAAUUCUAAUCGGUAUCAAUUGGGCAAUACGGAACCAACAAAUAACUGUGAUUCAAUACAAGAGCGACGUUUAAGGCAGCUACGACGACAGGCCGAUUGGCAAUGGUUGUCCGCUUGCAUUGGCGUUGUUGAGAAUAAUUUUAGUGCAGUCGAAGCUUAUUUAUCGUGUGCGGUAAUCCCGGGUCGUUCUUUAACCAACACCGAAGUUGCUCUAUUGAAUAGAAACUCAGCAUUUGAUGUUGGUCACACACUGAUACACCUAGCGAUUCGAUUCCAUCGUGAAGAGAUGUUACCCAUGCUACUGGCACAAAUAUCGGGAUCCGGACCGGGAAUCAAGAGGGUUCCAUCAUACAUCGCACCUGAUAUAGCAUCAGACAUUCGUCGGCAUUUCUGUGCGUCGUUACAUUCGAAAUCAUCGUUCAACUGUCGCUAUAUUAAUGAGCACGCAACAUUUUCGCUGCCCGCCGAAAUCGAAGAACUGCCCAUUUCGAUACAGGAACAACUGCACGAGGAACUGUUCGAUCGUGACGCUCAGGCGGAAUUGGAAAGUUCACCGCCGGCAUUGAACUGGUCGUUGGAAAUAACGGCACGAUUAGGAUCACGAUUGAUGGUGUUGUGGAAUAGAAGCGCUGGAGAUUGUCUGCUUGAUUCUGCGAUGCAAGCAACGUGGGGCGUUUUCGAUCGUGACAAUGUACUGCGACGAGCGCUGUCAGACACAUUGCAUCAAUGCGGUCAUAGCUUCUACAAUCGCUGGAAAGAGUAUGAAAUGAUUCAAGCUGCUCUGCUACACUUUACAUUAGAAGAAACCCAAUGGGAAGAAGAUUGGUCCAGUCUACUAUCACUAGCCAGCCAACCGGGUUCCUCUUUGGAACAAUUGCACAUCUUCGCACUAGCCCAUAUUCCGCGGCCGAUCAUCGUCUAUGGUGUUAAGUACGUGAAAAGUUUUCGUGGUGAAGACAUCGGAUACGCAAGAUUUGAAGGAGUGUAUUUACCUCUGUUGUGGGAACAAAGUUUCUGCAUAAAGUCACCAAUCGCUCUGGGCUAUACACGUGGUCAUUUUAGUGCCCUUGUGCCUACGGAACCAUAUUCCCGAAUCGAUGUGGCUCGCGUCCAAUCCGAAGAUGUUACGUUUUUACCGCUAAUGGAUUGUGAACAUAAACUACUGCCAAUUCAUUUUCUGAACCAAUCCGAGAUGGGAUGUGAAGAGGCGAUCAUGCGACAAUGGUUAGAUGUCUGUAUGACAGAAGGCGGCUUAUUGGUGGCACAACAAAAGCUCCACAAGCGUCCGUUGCUGGUAGCGCAAAUGCUUGAAGAAUGGCUGAACCAUUACCGAAGAAUAGCCCAAGUUAUGACAGCACCUUUUUCACGUACAGGAACAGGGACGGGAACGACCGGUUAUUCCAGUGAUGGAGAUACCGACGAAGAAUAAUUCAUUUUGUGAUCAAUUAUUACUUAAUUUUAAUCAUAGUUUUGUGCUCACUUACAAACGCAUACAACAAAAGAACGAAAAGAAAUUAGGAAGAGUAACACACACAUACUUACCACACACACACACACAUAUAUACACACCCACAGUCACAUGUACAAUCAUUUAGUUCAUCAUCCUAGCAAUUCUCGAAUUUAAUUAAUUUUCAAGUUUAGUUAAAGCUAUGUUUAAAUUGAUGGAAAAAGGAAAUACGAACGAAAAAAAUCAAAUUUAUAUUUUCUCUGAAUUUUAUUACAAUAUUUUGCCUAGCAGACUAAAUUAGCGUUGACUCUUUUGUUCUGCUCAAAGUGAUCAACAAGAUUGAUUCUAUUUAUGAAAUAAAAUUUAGUUUUUCUCUCUCU